CACUUCUCUCCGCAUUAGUCUGUGGUGUUCGAACGAGACAAGAUGCUUCGAACUAUCGUACUCCUGUCUCUCGCUGCUGCAGCGUUAGGAACUGUUAUCAAGAUAGAUAAAUGUGAAAAAGUACCAGAAGACGUAUGCACGAUCUCGGAGAGCCGCAUCUCGCCUUGCGUUAACGGCAACGAGUGCAAACUGAAGAAGGGCAAGGAGCACGCCAUUUCAUUUGACUUUACGCCCAAUUUCUCUGCUGAGAAGUUAAAGACCGCGGUAUACUAUGUGAACAGAGGCAUGGAUAUUCCAUUCGCCGAGCUAAAUGACGCUGAUGGUUGCCUCUACACGACGUGUCCUGUCGCACCUGGUGUCCCUCAGCAGCUUAACUACAAGCUGAGACUCAGCAAGAAACUUCCCAGUGGUAACUUCCCCAUAAAAUGGCGCGUAUGGAACGAGGCCAACCCGGCGCAGGAGUGUUGCUUCCUCGCGCAUCUCGCUAUCAGCAGGCGAUGAAUAAACCAGCUAUCAUUAUUAUUAAAAAAACAUAAAGACAAAUUGAGUACCUCCUUCUUUUGGGAAGUCGGUCAAUAAACUCUUACUCUUCUUGAUGUUAAAAAUAAUCAUUUUACUUGUGAACUUUAAAACCGCUGACAUUAAACUUAUUUUUCACAUAUA